CCAACCCUUCCAUUUUUCACGGAAAUGUUUCUCCUCUAGUUUCCCGGGCUUUGCCAGAGAGAAAAAGAGAACACUUCCCUCCGCCGUUCGCGGUGGUCCGAUCUAAGAUCCGAUCGCCGUCUUUGAUCGGAGCCUUCGGCGAGUAUCCAAUUCAGAUAUCUUCAGUUCUUCUUCUUCUUCUUCUUACUUUUUGUUGUUUUUUGUCUGAUUUAUCCAGCGGUUUGUACUUUUCUUUCAGUUCGUUUCAUUGACUGUUACAGAGCCUCACGGAAUUCUCCGUUUUCUAGACUUUUGUCUUUCUUUUCCGACUUGUCUACUUCGAAGUUGCGAAAGACGUUUUUACACUGUCAGUUUUUUUUGUGUUUCGAUCCUUGGACUCGAGUUGAUUUCUGUUGGAAGAUUUGUGUCUGUUCCUGUGAAGUUUUGUUUGUGAUUGUAAUUGAAUCGUGUUUUUCCUGCGAUAGACGGAAGCAAUUCGAAAGAAUUGCUUACUGAUCUAUCUGUUGAAGCCGUGGGGACUUUGAUUUGUUGGUUCAGAGUGUGUCUGUGGAGAUGACGUCGGGGACGAGGCUACCAACAUGGAGGGAGCGGGAGAACAACAAGAGAAGGGAGAGAAGGAGAAGAGCUAUCGCAGCAAAGAUCUUUGCUGGACUCAGGAUGUAUGGGAACUACAAGCUUCCCAAACAUUGCGACAACAAUGAGGUCCUUAAAGCGCUCUGCAAUGAGGCGGGAUGGACCGUCGAACCUGAUGGUACCACUUACCGUAAGGGAUGCAAGCCAAUUGAACGUAUGGAUGUGGUUGGUGGGUCGGCAGCUGCAAGCCCGUUCGCAUCUCACCAACCAAGUCCUUGUGCUUCCUUCAAUCCAAGCCCCGGUUCAUCUUCAUUUCCAAGUCCAGCAUCAUCUUCAUAUGUUGCUAAUCCAAAUGCCGAUGGCAGUUUUCUAAUCCCCUGGCUCAGGAACCUUUCAUCGUCAUCAUCUUCAGCAUCCUCGUCUAAACUCCCCAAUCUCCAUAUUCAUGGAGGUUCCAUCAGUGCUCCUGUUACUCCUCCUUUGAGUUCCCCAACUGCUAGAACGCCCCGACUCAAAGCUGACUGGGAAGACCAAUCUGUCCUACCAGGAUGGAAUGCACAAUACUAUUCCUCCCUUCCAUCUUCUACUCCACCAAGUCCUGGACGUCACGUUGUUCCCAAUCCAGAAUGGUUCGCUGGCCUUAGAAUUCCUCAAGGUGGACCCAAUUCUCCAACAUUUAGUCUUGUUUCCANGAUGGUGUUGGAGUCUAGUAUAAGUUUUUCAUACACUAAAGGACAGUUCACGUCGCCUUUUGACCCAUUGCCCCUUUCCUUCGUCGGCGUCGGUUAUCUAAUUGCGGUGAGGCGCUGGAAGUNAGGAUCUCGCAUGUGGACCCCUGGUCAAAGUGGGACCUGCUCUCCUGCCAUUGCCGCAGGCUCCGAUCACACUGCAGAUAUUCCAAUGUCAGAAGUGAUCUCUGAAGAGUUCGCAUUUGGAAGCAACACAGCCGGAAUAGUGAAGCCAUGGGAAGGAGAACGAAUUCACGAGGAGUGUGGCUCAGAUGACCUAGAGCUAUCUCUUGGGAACUCAAGAACCAGAUAAUCUAAUGGAUAACACAUAUUACCAAAUAGUUACUACUCAGCAAAUCCUGGAUGAGCACUGUCACAUUGGGAAUCAAGGUGAGCAUGAUUGAUUCUUCUCCCUUCCACCACCACCCUGUUAUUGUGUUCCUUUUCAAAUUUGCAUUAUCCCUCGUUAAGUUAUAUAUACAGGUUUUAAGUGGUUCCAAAUCCCUCUUCCCCCUUCGAAACUGAAAAUUUACUGUUUGUGUCGUAUAUGUAUGAGCUGUUUGUCUUUCAUUUAUAGAUAAAAAAAUGGUGAAUGGCCUGAUGAGAUAAUGCAUAUGUUACAGUGGCUUAACUUUUGUGGAUAUCGAGAGAGUGGAACUUUUCCAUUGGCUUUUGUUCCUUCAA